CGCAAUACGCGUUACAACCGUCACGAAGAACACUAUGACAGCGUCGUACUAAGUCCUCCAGCCAUCCGAAGAUCCGAACAGUUAUCAGGUUGAAUUGCUUUUCUUUUUUCUUUUCGCCAUAUCCCAUUACUGUCAUCGAGGUGCGCUGGCCAGGAUCCCAAAAUGGGCGGUUCCUGCAUAUCAUUGUCAGGCUCUACCACUUGCCCAGCGUUCAACGCCUCGUCGAUAUCGACCGAUUCAAGCCUGGUCGCCUUAUAUCCUUUCUUGGCAUAUGUCUCUAAUCUCAAUGAUUUCGACGAGCAAUUGAGCAACUAUGUUAAAGCCGGCUAUGUCAAGGAGAAAUAUCAGCAAUUGCUAGGUUGUUCCAAUGUCGAUCUCAGCAACACCACCGAUUACUAUGCCCGAUACACCACUAGCAUGAUUUGCAAUGGAAUUAUACAGAAUUCGAAGCAGCCUUGCAGCCUGGAUGCCGCUGAAUCCCAACCCUUGUGUGCAGAGACUUGUGCGCUGGUAGCUACAAGUGAGGAAGAAAUCGCAGUUGACCCAAGUUUAUGCGGGAAACCAAAGGCGGAUUUUAUGAGCCAGAUAAGGGCCGAUUUUACCGUGUGCGCGUUACCAGCGGAUUCCCUGACAGGAACAUGCAUUUCGGGGGCACAAAACGAGCCGGACAACUGUGGAUAUGGAACGAAUACCGUCGGUCUCUGCAGCUACUGCGCAUCGAGUUCUCCGAAUUCUACCGACUCGUGCUGUAUUAAUUCAAAUGCGACGGGGCGUUGCGCAAAUGUCCACCUACCGACGCCUUCUACGUUACCCCCGUUAUUUCCAAGUUCGACAUCUACUUCUCUUCCUUCCUCUGCCAAGCAUAAUAAUGGCCUCUCUGGUGGCGCAAUUGCGGGCAUUGUCAUUGGAUCUGUGGCAGGAUUUGCCCUGUUGGCUGCCCUGCUCGCACUUCUCUGCAUCUGCAUGCGCCGCAGACGGAACCAGAAAGCUGCCAAUAUCUUGAAUCAACCCACCCCACAAAGAAAAGGACUGUCUCAGAUGCAAUAUUCACGAACAAGCACUGAUCCACAGGGUUACGGCGCCCUGGCGGGUGGGCGUGUAGCACGCAUGUCUGCUUUGCAAGUCGACUCGCGUUCUCCGUCACGGACCCGAGCCAGCGGUACCAGGGCAAUCCCUGGCAAGUACAGUGAUUCAUCGGACUCGGAGACAUUUGGUGCUAGUCCCAGCAUAGGCUCCAGAAGAGGCCCUCCUGUCACGAACAGACGCAAAGGUUCGCUCUCCAGUACCUCGAUACUUGCUGGAGAUAGCGAUCAGUCUCCACGUUCCGGCACUGGUGCGCAAUAUUCUUCCCCGGAGGGUGUUGCGAGCGGUCAGUCCGAGCAGCUACCCUAUUUCAGAGAUUACUACUCCCAGGACGAUGUUCAUCCGGGAGACAAGGUCGCUGUUCUAUGGGCAUACCAACCACGUGCUGCUGACGAAUUUGAACUGGAAAGAGGUGAAGUCCUGAAGGUUGUGGGUAUCUGGGACGACGGCUGGGCCACCGGUAUCCGUGUCAAUGAACGAGCAGAGGAUUUUGAUGGGAAGCACAGGGUCCAGCGUGACAGUGGCGUGUCAAACGGGUCAGAAAACCGAACAUCGUCUCCUCAACCAACAGGAGAAAUAAAAGCAUUCCCGCUUGUCUGCGUCUGUCUUCCGCAACACUGGCAGAAAACUAUUGAGCGGGAUAUAGCAGCUGAGGGGGAAGUCUAACGACACCUUAGAUGCAUCCCAGUUUAGAUACAUUUUUCUCAUGCGGUAUCAUGCCUUGACGACAGCUUCUUUCUUCAUAUCUAUUUUGUUCGGCGUUAGGAAGAGGUUUCCUGCUUUCCGAGUUUUGACAACGGCACAACUCAGCCUGGUCUCGGACUCCUAUUAC